UACAGCUGAGCUGAGCGGAGCAGAGGAGCGAGUAAGCCUUGCAAGAUCCGCCUCUUUUCUAACGGAGUUUAACAAACAUGGAAUAAAAUGAAAACAGGACAUAAGUAGCGAGCAGCUGUUACUAUUACUGAAGCACAUCUAUUCAAGAAGAGCUCUUCCUGUAGUAAAGGAAAAGGUGAAAUGAGAAAUGUCUGACAAGAUGUCCAGUUUUCUACAUAUUGGAGACAUUGCCUCUCUGUAUGCAGAGGGUUCGGUCAAUGGAUUUAUCAGCACUUUAGGUCUUGUUGAUGAUCGGUGCGUGGUUCAGCCGGAGGCUGGGGAUCUCAACAACCCACCCAAGAAAUUCAGAGACUGCCUUUUUAAACUAUGUCCUAUGAACAGAUACUCUGCUCAGAAACAGUUUUGGAAAGCAGCUAAACCCGGGGGAAACAGUACAACAGAUGCAGUGCUGCUAAAUAAAUUGCAUCAUGCUGCUGAUUUAGAGAAGAAGCAAAACGAAUCUGAAAACCGAAAGCUGCUGGGAACGGUAAUACAGUAUGGCAACGUCAUUCAGCUGUUACAUUUGAAAAGCAAUAAAUACCUGACAGUUAAUAAACGACUUCCAGCCCUUCUGGAGAAGAAUGCGAUGAGAGUGACACUGGAUGCUGCGGGCAACGAAGGCUCCUGGUUUUACAUCCAACCCUUUUACAAACUGCGCUCCAUUGGGGACAGUGUUGUCAUUGGAGACAAGGUGGUGUUGAAUCCUGUCAAUGCUGGCCAGCCACUCCAUGCUAGCAGUCAUCAGCUGGUGGAUAACCCCGGGUGCAAUGAGGUUAACUCGGUAAACUGCAAUACCAGUUGGAAAAUAGUUCUGUUUAUGAAAUGGAGUGACAAUAAGGAGAUCAUAUUAAAAGGAGGCGAUGUUGUCAGAUUGUUCCACGCAGAGCAGGAGAAGUUCCUGACUUGUGAUGAUCACAGAAAGAAGCAGUAUGUCUUUCUGAGGACCACGGGCAGACAGUCGGCUACUUCAGCAACCAGCUCCAAAGCACUGUGGGAGGUUGAGGUGGUCCAGCAUGACCCUUGUCGCGGUGGGGCUGGAUAUUGGAAUAGUCUGUUCAGGUUUAAACACCUUGCUACGGGCCACUACCUGGCUGCUGAGGUUAACCCAGACUAUGAAGAAGAGUGCCAAGAGUUAAGGUCUUCUAUGGACUCUGAACAGGAUAGCUUGCGGGUGCGUCUGCGCACAGUGCUCGAGAAGGUGGUGUACACCCUGGUCUCUGUUCCUGAUGGGAAUGAUAUCUCCUCCAUCUUUGAGCUGGAUCCCACCACACUGAGGGGGGGAGACUCGCUGGUUCCAAGGAACUCGUAUGUGCGACUGAGACACCUGUGUACAAACACUUGGGUUCACAGCACCAACAACCCCAUUGACAAGGAGGAGGAAAAGCCGGUUAUGCUUAGAAUUGGUACUUCGCCGCUCAAAGAAGAUAAAGAAGCAUUUGCCAUCGUCCCAGUUUCACCGGCUGAAGUGCGAGACUUGGACUUUGCCAAUGAUGCCAGUAAAGUGUUGGCAUCGAUUGCAGGGAAGCUUGAAAAAGGAACCAUAACGCAGAAUGAAAGGAGGUUUGUAACAAAGUUAUUGGAGGAUUUGGUGUUUUUUGUCGUGGACCUUGCCAACAAUGGCCAGGACGUUCUAGAAGUGAUGGUCAACAAGCCAAACAGAGAACGGCAAAAACUGAUGAGGGAGCAGAACAUUCUAAAGCAGAUCUUCAAGCUGCUUCAGGCCCCGUUCACUGACAGUGGGGAUGGACCCAUGCUCAGGCUAGAGGAGCUCGGAGAUCAGAGACACGCUCCCUUCAGGCACAUAUGCAGGCUGUGCUACAGGGUGCUGAGGCACUCCCAGGAAGACUACAGGAAGAACCAGGAAUACAUAGCCAAGCAGUUCCGAUUCAUGCAGAAGCAGAUUGGGUAUGAUGUGUUGGCUGAAGACACGAUCACGGCUUUGCUCCACAACAACCGGAAGCUUCUGGAAAAGCACAUUACGGCGGCAGAGAUUGAUACCUUCGUCAGUCUGGUGAGGAAGAACAGAGAGCCCAGGUUCCUGGAUUACCUGUCAGACUUGUGUGUGUCGAUGAACAAGUCCAUCCCGGUGACCCAGGAGCUCAUCUGCAAUGCUGUGCUAGACCCUACCAAUGCUGACAUUCUCAUUGAAACCAAGCUGGUUCUGUCACGGUUUGAGAUUGAAGGCCUCCCAGGUGGCGAGAGCACUGCAGAGUCUGAGGAAGACGAGGAGGAGGUCUGGCUCUUCUGGAAUGACAGCAGCAAGGAGAUCCGCAGCAAGAGCAUUCGCGAGCUGGCUCAGGACGCCAAGGAGGGGCAGAAAGAGGACCAGGAUGUUAUCGGCUAUUACAGAUACCAGCUGAACCUGUUUGCUCGAAUGUGUCUUGACCGGCAGUAUUUGGCCAUCAAUAAGAUUUCCAGCCAGCUGGACGUUGACUUGAUUCUGCACUGCAUGUCAGAUGAGAAUCUGCCCUAUGACCUCCGCGCAUCCUUCUGCCGCAUGAUGCUGCACAUGCAUGUGGACAGAGACCCUCAGGAGCAGGUGACCCCGGUCAAAUACGCUCGGCUGUGGUCUGAAAUACCUUCCAAAAUAGCCAUUGAUGACUAUGAUAACAGUGGCACUUCAAAAGAUGAAAUCAAUGAGAGGUUUUCACAGACGAUGGAGUUUGUGGAGGAGUACUUAAGAGACGUGGUCUGCCAAAACAUCCCUUUCUCAGACAAGGAGAAAAAUAAACUUACUUUUGAGGUUGUGAAUUUGGCCCGGAACCUGAUCUACUUUGGCUUCUACAAUUUCAGCGACCUUUUAAGAUUAACAAAAAUCCUGCUGGCUAUAUUGGACUGUGUCCACGUCAGCACUGUCUUUCCAAUAAACAAGUUGGAUAAGGGUGAUGAAACCAAGGGAAGCAAUGUUAUGAGGUCUAUCCAUGGGGUGGGGGAGCUGAUGACACAGGUGGUGUUGAGGGGGGGUGGGUUCCUCCCCACGACCCCCACCGCCCCUCCCAACGGGGAUGUUGUGAAGCAACAGAGCGAGCCGGAGAAGGAGGACAUCCUUGUCAUGGACACCAAGCUGAAAAUCAUCGAGAUACUUCAGUUCAUCUUGAACGUGAGGUUGGAUUACAGAAUCUCAUGCCUGCUGUGUAUAUUCAAGCGCGAGUUUGACGAGAGCAAUGCCCAGUCAGAGCUGCUUUCAGGGAGUAACCAAGAUGGGCCCAGUAAUGUUCCAGGAGCUCUUGACUUCGAACACAUCGAAGAGCAGGCGGAAGGGAUCUUUGGUGGAAGUGAGGAGAACACCCCUCUGGACCUUGAUGACCACGGCGGGAGGACCUUCCUCAGAGUGCUGCUCCAUCUCACAAUGCACGACUACCCUCCUCUGGUAUCUGGAGCCCUGCAACUGCUCUUCCGACACUUCAGUCAGAGGCAAGAGGUUCUGCAGGCUUUCAAACAGGUUCAGCUUUUAGUGACAAGCCAAGAUGUUGACAACUACAAGCAGAUCAAGUCAGACCUGGACCAGCUCAGGUCCAUAGUAGAGAAGUCAGAGCUGUGGGUUUACAAGCGGCAGGGUCCGGAUGAGGGCAUGGAUGCUGGUGAUGGAACCGGGGACAUGGCGCACAAGAAGAAAAAGGGUGACUUGAGCCCCAGCGGACCAGAUAAAGCAAAGAAACAUGAAAGUACCAGCAGCUACAAUUACAGAGUCGUGAAAGAGAUUCUGAUUAGACUGAGUAAACUCUGUGUCCAGGAGGGAUCAUCGGGCAGGAAGAGCCGGAAACAGCAGCAAAGACUCCUGAGGAACAUGGGUGCUCACAGUGUGGUGCUGGAGCUGCUGCAGAUUCCCUAUGAGAAGGGGGAAGAUACCCGGAUGCAGGAGAUCAUGAAGCUGGCUCAUGAGUUCCUGCAGAAUUUCUGUGCUGGGAAUCAACAGAACCAAGUCCUGCUCCACAAACACAUCAACCUCUUCAUGAACCCAGGGAUUCUUGAGGCUGUGACCAUGCAGCACAUCUUCAUGAACAACUUCCAGCUGUGCAGUGAGAUCAACGAGCGGGUGGUCCAGCACUUCGUACACUGCAUCGAGACUCACGGCAGGAACGUCCAGUAUCUCAAAUUCCUUCAAACCAUUGUCAAGGCGGAGGGAAAGUUUAUCAAGAAGUGCCAGGAUAUAGUCAUGGCUGAGCUUGUGAAUGCAGGAGAGGAUGUGCUGGUCUUUUACAACGACCGAGCCUCCUUCCAGACUCUGGUCCAGAUGAUGCGCUCUGAACGGGACAGGAUGGAUGUGAACAGCUCCCUGAUAUACCACAUUCACCUGGUGGAGCUGCUAGCUGUGUGCACGGAGGGCAAGAACGUCUACACGGAGAUCAAAUGCAACUCGCUGCUGCCUCUGGAUGACAUUGUCCGGGUGGUAACGCAUGAGGACUGCAUUCCUGAAAUGAAGGUAGCAUACGUUAACUUCCUGAAUCACUGCUAUGUCGACACAGAAGUGGAAAUGAAGGAGAUUUAUACAAGUAACCACAUGUGGAAGCUCUUUGAGAACUUCCUGGUGGAUAUCUGUCGGGUCUGCAACAAUACAAGCGACCGGAAACACGCCGACACCAUUCUGGAGAGAUACGUGACUGAGACUGUGAUGAGCAUUGUCACUACUUUCUUCAGCUCCCCGUUCUCGGACCAGAGUACAAGUUUACAGACCCGCCAACCAGUGUUUGUCCAGCUCUUGCAGGGAGUGUUCAGGGUGUACCACUGUAACUGGCUGCUGCCAGUGCAGAAGGGCUCUGUGGAGAGCUGUAUUAAGGUGCUCUCUGACGUAGCUAAAAGCCGAGCCAUUGCCAUCCCAGUGGACUUGGACAGCCAGGUGAACAACCUGUUCCUGAAAUCCCACAACAUCGUUCAGAAGACAGCUCUGAGCUGGAGGAUGUCUGCGCGUAACGCGACCCGAAGAGACUCUGUCCUGCCUGUCUGCAAGGAUUACAGGAACAUCAUAGAGCGGCUACAGGAUAUCGUAUCUGCGCUGGAGGACCGGCUGCGGCCCCUGGUCCAGGCUGAGCUCUCAGUGCUGGUGGACGUCCUCCAUCGGCCAGAGCUGCUCUUCCCAGAGAACACAGAUGCCAGGAGGAAGUGUGAGAGCGGAGGCUUCAUCUGCAAGCUGAUCAAACAUACAAAACAGCUGCUUGAGGAGAAUGAAGAGAAAUUGUGUAUUAAAGUGUUACAAACCCUCCGGGAGAUGAUGACCAAAGAUCGGGGGUACGGAGAAAAGCUCAUUGCCUUUGAUGAUGAAAUGGAUGUGGCUGAGCUGGCCCAGCCUCCCGAAGCAGAAAUCCCUGCCGAGGAUCUUGAUCCAAACCCACCACAGAAGCAGUUGGAGGAUCAAAAAAGGGGUGAAGCACUCAGACAAAUUUUGGUUAACCGUUACCAUGGAAAUGUGAGGCCUGGGGGAAGAAGAGAGAGUCUUACAAAUUUCACCAAUGGCCCGCUGUCUCCAGGGGGGCCCAGCAAACCCAUCGGAGGAGGAGUAGCCAGUGGAUCUGGGGUGCUGAGUCGUGGGGAGAUGAGCCUGGCGGAAGUCCAGUGUCAUCUGGAUAAGGAGGGGGCUUCGGACCUGGUCAUAGACCUUAUCAUGAAUGCCACCAGCGACCGAGUCUUCCAGGAAAGCAUCUUGCUGGCUAUCGCUCUGCUGGAAGGAGGGAACACAACCAUACAGCAUUCUUUCUACUGCCGUCUCACGGAGGAUAAGAAGUCUGAGAAGUUUUUCAAAGUGUUUUACGACCGCAUGAAGUUAGCCCAGCAGGAGAUUAAAGCUACCGUCACGGUGAACACCAGCGACCUGGGCAACAAGAAGAAAGAUGACGACUCCUCGGACAGGGACAUUCCCGUGCGAAAAAAAGCCAAAGAGUCCAUGGAAAAAAUAACUGAAGAAGUGCGAGAGCAGUUGUUGGAAGCGUCUUCGGUGACAAAGAAAGCCUUCAGCUCUUACCGUCGGGAUGCCGACCAUGAGGAGCACUUUGCAUCCGGAGAAGGGCAGCCCAGCUCUGGAGACAAGAAUAAAGAUGAGUGGGAGAUGAGUGCCAUCAUCGCCAUCAUGCAGCCCAUCCUGAGGUUCCUGCAGCUGCUGUGCGAGAACCAUAACCGAGACCUGCAGAUUUUUUUGCGAUGCCAAAACAACAAAGCCAACUACAACCUAGUGUGCGAGACCCUGCAGUUCCUGGACUGUAUCUGCGGCAGCACCACCGGCGGUCUGGGUUUGCUGGGACUGUACAUCAACGAGAAGAACGUGGCACUCAUCAAUCAGACCCUGGAGAGCCUGACAGAGUACUGCCAGGGCCCCUGUCAUGAGAACCAGAACUGCAUCGCUACUCAUGAGUCCAAUGGGAUUGACAUCAUUAUUGCCCUGAUUCUCAAUGAUAUCAAUCCUCUGGGGAAAAAGAGAAUGGAUCUGGUACUGGAGCUGAAGAACAAUGCCUCCAAACUGCUGCUGGCGAUCAUGGAAAGCAGACAUGACAGUGAGAACGCUGAAAGAAUACUUUACAACAUGAGGCCCAAGGAAUUGGUGGAGGUGAUAAAGAAGGCUUACCUCCAAGGAGAGGUGGAGUUUGAGGACAGUGAUGACGAUGAGGAUGAUAAAGAUGAUGACAAUGGAGAGGAUCACGCUGCAUCUCCCAGGAACGUGGGGCACAAUAUUUAUAUAUUGGCACAUCAGCUGGCUCGGCAUAAUAAGGAGCUCCAGCACAUGCUGAAGCCUGGAGGUCAGAACGGAGAAGGAGAUGAAGCUCUAGAAUUCUAUGCCAAACACACUGCCCAGAUAGAGAUUGUGCGCCAUGACCGCACCAUGGAGCAGAUUGUGUUCCCGGUGCCCAAUAUCUGCGAGUUCCUCACCAAAGAGUCGAAGCUGCGUGUGUACUACAGCACGGAGCGAGACGAGCAGGGCAGCAAGAUCAAUGACUUCUUUCUGAGGUCUGAGGACCUCUUCAACGAGAUGAACUGGCAGAAGAAGCUGCGAGGUACACAAGAGGCUGUUGGUAACACAAACACGGUUCCCUCUCAGCCAGUGCUGUAUUGGUGCUCCAGAAACAUGUCCUUUUGGAGCAGCAUUUCCUUCAACCUUGCGGUCCUUAUGAACCUCCUGGUGGCCUUCUUCUACCCCCUGGAGGGCAUUCGAGGAGGCACGCUCGAACCUCGUUUAUCUGCCCUGUUGUGGGUGGCUAUGUUUGUAUCGCUGGCCGUUGUGAUCGUGCUUCGUCAGCCCCAUGGCAUCAGAGCCCUCAUAGCCUCCACGAUACUGCGGCUUAUCUUCUCCGUCGGUCUGGAGCCAACCCUGUUCCUGCUCGGUGCUUUUAACGUUUGUAAUAAAGUGAUCUUCCUGAUGAGUUUUGUUGGGAAUCGCGGCACGUUUACGCGUGGGUAUCUGGCGAUGAUCCUGGAUGUGGAGUUCCUCUACCAUCUCCUGUACCUGAUCAUCUGCAGCCUGGGGGUCUUUGUGCACGUGUUCUUCUACAGUCUGCUGCUCUUUGAUUUGGUUUACAGGGAGGAGACACUGCUCAAUGUUAUUAAAAGUGUCACUCGCAAUGGCCGCUCCAUCGUCCUGACUGCGGUGCUCGCCCUCAUCCUCGUCUAUCUCUUCUCCAUAGUCGGCUACAUCUUCUUCAAAGACGACUUUAUCCUGGAGGUGGACAGGAUACCCAACAAAACACUAGAAGGUGGUGUAAGCUUGGCGAGAGAAUUUCUAACUUCAGGAGUCUGUCGGCUUGAAAAUGGAGAGAACUGCUCAACUCAGACCAUUGAAGCACUCCGCACUGGUCUGGUGGAAGAGGAUGCGAAGGAGCGUACGUGCGAGUCCCUGCUGAUGUGCAUAGUUACUGUUCUGAGCCACGGGCUGAGGAGUGGGGGUGGAGUCGGGGACGUGCUGAGGAAGCCAUCCAAAGAGGAGCCGCUGUUUGCUGCCCGGGUGAUCUAUGACCUGCUGUUCUUCUUCAUGGUGAUCAUCAUCGUCCUCAAUCUGAUCUUUGGGGUCAUCAUCGACACCUUUGCAGACUUGAGGAGUGAGAAGCAGAAGAAGGAGGAAGUGCUGAAGACCACGUGCUUCAUUUGCGGUUUGGAACGGGACAAGUUUGAUAACAAGACAGUGACAUUUGAAGAACAUAUCAAGGUGGAACACAACAUGUGGCACUACCUGUGCUUCAUUGUCCUGGUAAAAGUGAAGGACUCCACUGAAUACACUGGUCCUGAAAGCUAUGUUGCAGAAAUGAUCAAGGAGCUCAACCUGGACUGGUUCCCACGCAUGCGCGCCAUGUCCCUGGUCAGCAGUGAUGCGGAAGGGGAGCAGAAUGAGAUCCGUAACCUGCAGGAGAAGCUGGAGUCCACCAUGAAGCUGGUGUGCAAUCUGUCAGGCCAGCUUACCGAACUGAAAGAUCAGAUGACGGAGCAGAGAAAGCAGAAGCAGAGGCUUGGAUUGCUGGGACACCCUCCCAACAUGAACGUGAACCCUCAGCAACCCGCCUGAGCAUGGAAAAAAAAUCCAGUCCUUCUGAGCACCUGGGGCUGAGGCAAAGCAAUGGAGCCAUUUCAGAAAUCCAUUAGAACUACUGACGGAAAUGUGUGAAUGUGUAGUUCACCAGAAGACUAGCACAAAUACUAGAGCUUAGGUCAACUAGAUUAAAUACUUCCUAAAGUAUCUGACCAUUGCCAAAACCUUAAGUAAAUAAAAUGGCAUUCACUGGAUGAACUUGAAAAUAGGACUGUACAUGAUGAUUGAAAGCCUGAUGAGUGACUGAAUUCUGUUUUGAAGAAAAUUCAGAGAUUUUGUAUUUUAAUAGAGGAGAGUAACCUGUGUUUAAUGUCAUAUUUUUGUAUAACAUGCAAUACUUUAAUAUGCAACCACUGCAAUGUGUAGCUGGUGUCUUAAAGGGAUGGUGUACAAUUAGUUUAGUUCUUCCUGUAUAUACAACUUGGUGAGCUUGUAAAGAAAAGUUUAAAAAGUGCUGCAAAUAUAGAUAUCCUGAAUUUAGCAGUUUUAAUAAUACAAUUAAAGAAUAUUUAGGUAAUUCCUGUGCCUGCUGGUAUGUAUAUAGUAAGUCUUAUUUGAUCUGUAUAAUUAAAUGUGGUACAUGUGCUAAUUGUUGUGAAAGGUGGUCCCAAGACAAAAGUUACACAGCUUACAGCAUUUAAACUCCUAAUUAGAUGGGUUAGCCUUAUGUUUUUUAAUUGCAAAUAUGUUCAAAGUGCUUUGUUAGGAUCCAGUUGCAUGGCUAUUUUGUUACUGUCCCUUUAAGACCCGUAGCAGGGCACUGACAUACUACCUGUGAAAGAGCCACUGUCAUUUUGUUUGUUUUUGCUAAUUCAAUGUACACUUUUUUUUUUUUCUGGCUGACAAAAUUGAAUUAAGACCUGUUUUUGUAUAUCUGUAUGCCAAGUUUUGUACAGGAACCUCUGUGUGCUGAAGGAAGAGCAGUGUUACUGAAGUAAAUGUUCACACAGCACUAAUAUUAUAAGAGUACUGUUGAAGUUGUAAAUGCAUUUAAAUCUAUUUAAUAAAAUUUAUGAAGCAGU